AUGGGUUCAAUCGCUCCCAGCUCAGACGUGUCAGUCAACAAUCCCUUCCGAACCCGCAUUCUCAACGCCCAGAUCACGCCCGUCCUGACCCUUAAAUUCUGGACCGGUAAUGAAGCAGCGCUGAUGGCCCGGUUCGCCGGCUUUGAGGCCGUCUUCAUUGAUAUGGAGCACUCGGCCCUUAACUUCCAGACGGUCGCACAGCUCAUCCUCUCCUGUCUGAGUGUGGGGAUUUCGCCAAUCGUCCGCUCCCCGUCCAAGUCACACUGGCAUAUCAGUCGCAUUCUGGAUGCUGGCGCCGCUGCUGUUGUGGUGCCGCAUGUCGAUUCAGUUGAGGAGGUGAGGGAGUUGGUAAACCAUGCCAAGUAUCCGCCGCUGGGGAGCAGGGGGUCCGCGAACAAUCAACCUAUCCUUGGGUUUCGGAGUGUGCCGACCAACGUGCAAAAUGAAGUGCUGAAUCGAGAGACGAUGCUGAUCCCUAUGAUCGAGACGCCGGAGGCAGUGGAGUUGGUCGAGGAGUAUUUGGCGAUUGACGGGGUGGAUGGGAUCUUGAUUGGGUCGAAUGAUCUGUGUACGGACAUGGGGAUUCCAGGGCAGUACGAUAAUCCAACCUAUCAGCAGGCGGUUGAGAAGAUUGUGUGUGCUGGCAAGAAGGCUGCAAAGCCUAUUGGGAUAGGGGGCAUUGGAGGCCGGCUGGAUCUGCUGGAGAGGUGGUUUGCCUUGGGCGCUACGUGGUCACUCAGCGGGGGGGAUAGUGCCAUUUUGCAGGCGGGGAUGAAGAAGAUUACGCAGACCUACGAUGAGAUUAGUGAUAGGGUUGAGAAGCAGACGGGUUAG